AUGGCCUCCAAGAUGGGCCCCAGAAGCGUCAAGGACGCCACCCGCUUCACGUCCACAAUCCCCCACGCAACCUCCAAAACCGCCCAAAGAACGCCGCGCAUCCCCGGCGAGACACCCGAGCAGCGUGUGAGGAGACUGCGCCAGGCUCAUCUUGCCGCUCAGCAUGCUCAGAUUAGCAAGACGGAUAGGUUCAUCGAUGCGUCGAGGAGAUUCUUUGACGUUGCGCAUCGGUGGACUGUGGGAAGCAUUGUGAUAUUCACAGCCGUCGCAGGUGUUGUCUCCGUAUACUCCGUCUGGGACAUGGUUCAAUAUAACCGCGCCCGCCGAGCCGAAUGGGUCGAAGCACAGAAGCGACUCGAAGCCGACGAGCUCGCCAUGGCCCGUCUCGCUUACAUCAAGGGCGAAGCUACCGAGGACCAAAUCCUCCUCGUCGAGGAGGCCAACCAAGCAGCUGAAGCGAGGGGCGAGAAGCUACCACCUCUGCUCGCCGCCCCCGAACACCGCACACAUUUCGAGGAGCACAUUAAGCCUACAUUCCAGGACAACAAGACCGAGGAGAGUACUACUACAAAGACAUCGAGUGGCAAGGGCGUGCUGGGAGUCUUUUCUGGUGUGUUAGGGGGUGGGAAGAAGGAGGAGAUCAAGGAACAAGCGACGGAGGGAUUGGUCGCGGUACAGACACAGUUGACUAACUUGGCUGCUGACGGUAAAGCGAAGCUGGAGCAAGCAAUUCAGACUGAACGGGAAAAUCAACAAAACGGAGGUCCUCUAGACCGACUGGGCACACAACCUGCGGCCAGUCCAGCCUCCGGCAAGUCAUGGUGGAAGUUCUGGUAA